CUAACAGAUACUAUUGCGAGUUACUUGUGGAUUAGAGUAGCAUCUUGUUGACUACUACGACGAUGCAACGGAAAUUCAUUUAAUGUCCGGAACGAUGCUAUUAAGGUUGGAAGGCGAACCGGAUGCGAAAGACAAUUAUUUCGCAAUUCAUUCGAUCAGCUUGAAAGCAACGACACGUGAACUAUGGAACUUUUCGGAAUGGGUUCCCCGAUCGAUGGUCAGAAAACGUGUUUAAAUAAUCCGGCACUAUACGUUCCCAAGAGAGGAUGGUUUUUCUAAAGCAGGUAUAACUUGAUUGAGACGCUUAUAUCUGGGCGAGCAGUACACGCCUAUACCGCGUUCAGGAUGGAAAAUCCAUCAUGGGGAUCGCUUCCACAUGACCGACCACACCACAAUGCGACCUGCGCAACAUACGCUGAUAUCGUUGAAGCGAGAGAUCAGAAUUGGAUGGUUGUAUAGCAAAGGGAGAAAGAGAUGGAUAAAGAGGAAACCACGCAAGAAGAAGGCGAGGGGAGAGGCACGGAUGGAGAUAAAGCGAUUGACCCUCGCUCUCUCAAUGACCUGUCGGCGAUAUCGUUCCACUAAAUUUACUGACGUGCCUCUUCGGUCAGUCAAACGCGUGCACACACGCCUCGCCAGUCGGUUACGGGCCACACCGCUUAUCUUCAUCCACCCUUGGCAGGCAGAGAUAGGAACUGUCGGUGCCAGUGGAGCUACAAAACGUGUCGCGAACUUAUCUUAAGAUAAACCGUGGAAUUAAUUGAUAAUUGAUAUAUCAAUCGGCGUAGGGUCGUAGGGCCAGGUAUUAAGUGACACAUUGGUGUAUUCUCGAGUAAAGUUCUAAAAGAUAAAAGAUGCGGUGUGAGAAGCGAUUGGAAAUGCGAGUGUACGCGACGGUUUUCUUGGUGGUCUUCUGCUUCCUGUGUUCCCCGUGUGCGGGCGACGAGCCAACGAGCAACGCCGCGUCGUCGAUAGACAAGAGCAAAGCAGCUCAGAUGGCAGCGGGCGAGCAGCGGCUCGGGGAUCAGAUUCGCGCUAUCCUCAAGCAUUAUCAGCAAGACGAUCCCGUCGGGCUUCCGGGCGCGCCGAUACCGGAUCCGAUGCCAGUGCCGGAUAUGAAGCAUUCCUUUUCCAUGUACACGAUGAAUUUCAAGCAGAUUAGCGUUUACGGGCUGUCCAAGUUUCGUAUCGAACAUGUGGAAUCGGAAUUGGCACGUAUGCAGGUAUCUGUCGCAUUAAGGAUUGACAGUCUUGAUAUUCGUGGAUUAUACACACUGGCGUCAUGGCUCUCGAGAUCCGCCGGCGAUUUUAUAGUGAAACUCACCGGUGUCAUGGUCGAGGGUAUCGCCAGGCUGGAAGUAGGCACCGAUGGCAAAUUGCAAGCUCAGGACAUCGACAUGGAUCUGACUUUCGACAAAAUUGACAUGGACUUCAAGAAUCUAGGAUUUCUCGGAUCAGUUUUUCAAGGUGUCAUUAACUCCAUCGGCACCUUUAUCUUCGACAGCAUCAAACCAUUCAUAUUGAAGGAAGUUAAUACAAACGUAAGGGGCGAGGUAAAUAAGCAGAUAUCACAAUUACCGCAAUACUUCCCGAAUUCGAUUUCGCCCUUCGAUAUGGCAAUCGCAGAAGCCCGCAAGUAUGUUUCUCAGAUGGGCUAUGAUCCGUACAAGCUAAAGGAUUACACCCAGAGCGUCGGUAUAUUCACCGUGACCUCGUCGCAUACGUGGAUCACCGGUCUAGCCAGUUUCUAUCGCAUGGGCAACAUAACUAUCACCAUGGAGAACGGAACUGUAUACGCGCUCCUGGACGUUGGUACCCAGGAAUUGGAGGGCAAGACUCACUGGGAAGUGAGCGUGAUCGGCGGCUUCCUAUCGCGCGCCGGCACCGUGUCCUUCACCGUGCAAUACUUCCGGGUCCAGGUGAAGCUGGGCCAGCCGCUGGACACGCGGAAGCGCGCCGCCCUGGAGGAGCUGGAGCUCGAGUUGGGCAACGUCCAGGCGAGGAUCCACGGUGCCGGCACGCUCGAUUAUCUCAUGGAAGCGAGCAUUAAUAUACUGCCGAACGUUUUAAGAUAUCAGAUUAUGGAUGCUAUCGAGGGGCCGUUAAAGAGACGCAUACAAGAGGAGUUAGACAAGGUAGACACGGAGAAAUUGAUCGAUGAGAAAAUUCCGGAGAUCGAGGAACAAGCUAGAUGGAUGCAGAGUUUAGUGCCCGCAGAGGAAACGAUUUUAGAGGAACCGACACUGCCACCGCAGAGCCUAGACGAUCAAGUGCCGUUCUCCGAGAGCGAGGAAGAACGAGGGCCAUCGUAAGAAAGACGCCCGCGAGCGGUCGAACGUUCAAACGUUUAAUUUUAUUUUAGACGGUCAAUAAUUCGGAAUAAAAUCUCAUUCGUAAUAUAAACACGUACAUCAUACAUCAUGUAUGCGUGCAUUUUAACAUGUCCAUACAUGUACAUUCUGAUUAGUUGUUUAAUUGUUCUAUAUCACGCGACGAAAUUCUAUUUAUAAAUUAUGAAUUUAAUUCCGUCAUGAAUUACGAAUCGUCCAAAAGCAGGCUUUGCAGCAAAGACGGGAAAUGUAUGCACGUCUUCGUGACGUAUUUGGCAAACAUGCGCAAUUUUGCGUCCGAUGGAUAAUUUAGUAAUGAUUUGCCUAAGUUGAAAUAUUUAUUGCGGCUUAGCCCUUUUUCAUGUGCCACAAGCAUGUCAUUAAGAUAUAAAUACUUAACAGCAAAAAUGCGUUUUUAAAAAUAGAGCAUUGGCCUUCAAAAUUAAACCACGAACUUCGUUCGAAAAGAAAUAUUUGCCAAAUUUGCAACUAAUAAUAGUACACAAGUUAAAUAAUAUAAUUGCAAUUUUGUUAAAAUCGUAUAAAAUUACAUAUUUAAAGACGAUUGUUUAAAAAAGGUAUCAAGAUUAAAUCAUUUUUAUUUAAAAAAGAGCAUUACUAGUAUUAUUAGAAACAUAUUACAAUUACGAUAUAAUUGCAAAUUUGUAAGAAUUACAUGUAGUUAUUUAGAGGUAAUAUUGUUCGAUGAUAAUAAUAGAAUACAAAAUUAAAUUAAUAUUAAACCUUUAUUGAAGGAAAUAUUAGCAAAAUAUUACAUUAAUUGUAAUAGAAAGCGAAUAAAAUUACAAAUGACUGUGCGAAAGGUAUCGCGAGAGUAAAAUCACUGUAUUAACACUGAAUCUGGAAUAUAUAUAUGUGUUUAGUCGUCACUUGAACACAAUUGCAAUCGUCUAACUCGAAAUACGAAUACGAAAUACAUUACAUAAUAUCUCGCC